CCUGACGUCGGUGGACGUCAGCGGCGGCGCGCGCCUGGCUGGGCCCCGCAGAGCAGGAGGGAAAAGGGGCGAAGGAGCGAGCGGAGCCGCCGCCGCCGCCGCCGUCGCCGCCGCUGUCGAGCCCGAGCCGGAGCCGUGUCCGCGCCCGCGUCCGCCCGCCCGCCCGUCCGUCCUCGAGUCCGCCCGUGUCCAGCAGCGGGGCCCAGCAUGGUCAUGGCGGAUGGCCCGAGGCACUUGCAGCGCGGGCCGGUUCGGGUGGGGUUCUACGACAUCGAGGGCACGCUGGGCAAGGGCAACUUCGCCGUGGUGAAGCUGGGGCGCCACCGCAUCACCAAGACCGAGGUGGCAAUAAAAAUCAUAGAUAAAUCUCAGCUGGAUGCAGUGAAUCUAGAGAAAAUCUACAGAGAAGUCCAAAUAAUGAAAAUGUUAGACCACCCUCACAUAAUAAAACUCUACCAGGUGAUGGAGACCAAAAGCAUGUUGUACCUUGUCACUGAAUAUGCCAAAAAUGGAGAGAUUUUUGAUUACCUUGCAAAUCAUGGCCGAUUGAAUGAGUCUGAGGCAAGGCGAAAAUUCUGGCAAAUCCUGUCUGCAGUAGAUUACUGUCAUAGUCGGAAGAUUGUACACCGUGACCUGAAGGCUGAAAAUCUGCUGCUAGAUAACAACAUGAACAUCAAGAUAGCAGAUUUUGGUUUUGGAAAUUUCUUUAAGAGUGGUGAACCACUGGCUACAUGGUGUGGCAGCCCUCCUUAUGCAGCCCCGGAAGUCUUUGAAGGACAACAAUAUGAAGGACCACAACUGGAUAUUUGGAGCAUGGGAGUAGUUCUUUAUGUCCUUGUCUGUGGAGCUCUGCCUUUUGAUGGACCAACUCUCCCUAUCCUGAGGCAAAGGGUUCUGGAAGGAAGAUUCCGAAUUCCUUAUUUCAUGUCAGAAGAGUGUGAGCAUCUCAUCCGAAGGAUGUUGGUCUUAGAUCCAUCUAAGAGACUGACAAUAGCCCAAAUAAAAGAGCACAAGUGGAUGCUGGUGGAAGUUCCCGUACAAAGACCUGUUCUUUAUCCACAAGAGCAGGAAAAUGAGCCAUCUCUUGGGGAGUAUAAUGAACAGGUGCUGCGGCUAAUGCAUAGCCUUGGAAUAGAUCAACAGAAAACCAUGGAGUCUUUGCAGAACAAGAGUUAUAACCACUUUGCUGCUAUCUAUUACUUACUGGUGGAAAGGCUAAAAUCUCACCGGAGCAGCUUCCCUGUGGAGCAGAGAGUUGAUGCCCGUCAGCGUCGGCCCAGCACUGUUGCUGAACAAACAGUUGCCAAGGCACAAACUGUUGGUCCCCCAAUGACCAUACGUUCACAGAAUAUGAGACUGAUGAGGUCCCCCAUUCUCCCUCAAACAUCAAACGUGGAGGCCUUUUCCUUUCCCAGUUCUGGAUGCCAGGCUGAGGCAACAUUCAUGGAGGAAGAACGAGUUGAUACACCAAAGGUGAAUGGUUGUCUGCUGGACCCAGUGCCUCCCAUAAUGAUGAGAAAAGGAUGCCAAUCACUGCCUAGUAAUAUGAUGGAGACUUCCAUUGAUGAAGGAAUAGAGACAGAAGGAGAGUCGGAGGAAGACCCCAGCCAUGCAUUUGAUGCUUUCCAGUCAACGCGCUGUGGGCAGAGACGUCACACACUGGCAGAAGUCACCAAUCAGCUAGUCAUGAUGCCUAGCACAGGAAAAGUCUUUUCUGUGAACGACCACCCCUCCUUGGGCAGCGUGGAUUCUGAGUAUGACAUGGGAUCCAUUCAGAGAGAUCUGAACUUUCUAGAAGACAACCCAUCCCUGAAAGACAUCAUGCUGGCCAAUCAGCCCACACAUCGCUUGACACCUCCUUUCAUAAGCAUGAGGCCUACCAAUCCAGCCAUGCAGGUGCUAAGCUCACAGAAACGAGAGGCCCACAACAGGUCCCCAGUAAGCUUCAGAGAGGGCCGAAGGGCAUCUGAUACCUCUCUCACACAAGGGCUUGUAGCAUUUAGACAGCAUCUUCAGAACCUGGCUCGAACCAAAGGAAUUCUUGAACUGAACAAAGUCCAGUUGCUGUAUGAACAGAUGGGGUCAGAGGCAGAACCUAGCUUAGCAUCAGCUGCUCCUCAGCUCCAAGACCUCGUCAGCACUGCCUCACAGGAGGAAGCCACUCAGCCACAGGAAAAUGCCUCUGUUUUCCCUAACACUGUGCAUCCACAGCUGUCCAGACGGCAAAGCCUAGAGACCCAGUACCUGCAGCAUAGACUCCAGAAACCCAGUCUCCUGUCCAAAACACAGAACACCUGCCAGCUCUACUGUAAAGACCCUCCGCGGAGCCUGGAACAGCAGCUACAGGAGCACAGGCUCCAUCAGAAGCGACUCUUCCUCCAGAAGCAGUCCCAGCUGCAGGCGUACUUUAACCAGAUGCAGAUAGCAGAGAAUUCCUACCCAAGGCCAAACCAGCAGCUGCCGCUUCCUCACCAGGAGCAGCUCUCCAAUCCUCUACCGCAGCCCCCCCAGCCACCCCAGUUCGGCCUAGCCCAGUCACUAAGCCCAGUCCUAGAGCCUUCCUCAGAGCAAAUGCAAUACGACCCAUUCCUCAGCCAGUACCGUAAACUGCAGCUACAGCCCUUGCCCUCCUCCCAGGUUCCCAGUUCCCCUCCUCCACUGUCAUCACAGCUGCAGCAGCAGCCACCACAACCGCCAGCAGCCCCCCCACCCUUACCGUUCUCUUAUCAGACUCGUGAGCUGUCAGGUGCUGCCCCCCCUGAGCCAGACUAUCCUCCCCACUGUCAGUAUUCCAUGGACCCAGCUCAGCAAAGCAAUGUAGCAUUACCAGACUGUCCCAGGAGCUCCGGGCCAACAGAGUCCCCCUCCAGCUAUGACCCGCUAGCACUCUCUGAGCUGCCUGGACUCUUUGAUUGUGAGAUGAUGGAGGCUGUUGACCCACAGCCCAGCGGCUAUGUCCUUGUGAAUUAGCCCCAGCACACACACAGUGUUCAUGUCAGGAAGCAAGGCAAGCAGGGCAAAGGAAAAGAGUGUGAAUUUUUGUUUUUAUUCCAACCUUGAAAUUCACAGCUUAUUUUCCUGCAUUUCCCCUAGUGGGGAAAUGUCAAGUUGCCCAACUGGAACUAUCAAGGCCUAGCUGAGGCUGAGUGGUUAGUUCAGCCCGGCCUUGUCCACAGGAGCCUCAGAGGCAGGUACUGAACGUAGUUGUUAGGCUGAAGAUCAUGCCCUUUGGGCAGAUGGGGCAGACUUGAGGAAGACUUAGAAAAUGUUUUUGUAGGAAGAAGGGAAUUCACACCUUCAUUUUAUACCAAGUUACACCAGUCAAUUAUCAAAGGAAACUUGGUGAAAGCAAGAAUGUGGCAUGGCCUAUUUCCUGGCAAUAAAAGCAAUAUAUUUUUCACUGAAAUAAAGCAACAAAGUGUUAGGCGCUAAAAGGUAAAUCAAGAAUGCUUAUGGAUCGUGGGUACACAGGUGAUUUUAAAAGAAAGUUGUAUCAUGGCAUUGAAUUGUGGAGUGUGACGAGCUUUAUUCUUUGACUAAUGAGUAAUAGCAUUUCAUCGAUGUUGGGAGAAGCUAGAGAUGAACCCUUGAGAUGGGCAACUCACUUCCCUGUGGUCGACAGUGGCACACCUCUUCAGAAGGUGCAGACCCCUGCAGAGAGGGCACCGGCCCACUGGGCUUGGGCUCUAAGGAUUGCCUUAACUAUCAGAGUCAGUGCUCUUUGUUCUCCAAAGAUAUCAUCUGUGUAACAGAAAGGAGAAAUACCCACAGCAUCACAAAGGCCAGCCGUGAGCAGAAGAAAGAGCAGACUUCUCGCACACAGUCCUUUGGGAAGACUUCUGGUCCCGGAGCAGCUGAUUGGCAGGGGUCCCACGGUCUCUUAAAAAGUAAUAGCUAUACUUUAAAUUUACACUAUACGUGUCUAGUGGUUUAUUAAGCUUUGUAUGUUGGACAGUGGUGUCGGGUUUUAGCACAUGUUAAGGACAAAGGCGGCAGCAUCCCACGUGAAGCGAGAGCAGCACCGUGCUCUCUAGGUUUUUCAGCGGACAACAGCACCCCGUCGUAUCCAUGCUGAAUCCAAAGUCCCAUCAAAGGGGGUGUUCCACCAGGUGGGAUACAGAGUGUUCAUGUCCUCGGCUGUUCUGAUUUGCUUAUCUGCUUGAAAUGUUAAAUGUAUGACAGCAAUAUUCAAAGAACUCUGGAUGUGGUAAUAACCAUUUCACAGCAGACCAUCUGCCAGUCACUUGACAUUCAUUAGUAGAACUUCACCUCAGACCUUAGAAUUUAUCAAAAAUGAGUCAAAAGCAGUCUCCUGUAUACCUAGAAUUAGUGAUUAUUCAUUUGGACAGUGUCACCCAAGUGUUAGAAAUUCAGUGUUAAUGAUGUGGAGUAAGUAUCCCUGUCCUCAGAGUGGCUGCUCCAAGAUAGAGCAAUAAAGCAUAAAGAGGAAAGCAUAAAGACUAGGGAUCCUGCGCUGUUCCUGCAGGAAGGUGAGAAAGUACAUCAAUGUAUCAACAGGAUGGAAACUGAGGACUCCAUUUAAACCAGCCCAGCUCCCUCCCCCUCUCAGCAUUGUUUCUGAGGCCCACGGUUGUUGGCUCAACGGAGCCAGCUCAUCUGUCAUCAUGUGCUUAACAUUCUGGGUCAGGUGGACAAAGACAAGUGUUAUUCACCACCUCUCCCACACUUCUGGGCUUGGGAGGUGAAGAACUGAUUUUUGGUUGGCUUCCACAUGACAGAGAACGAGGCUAGUGGAAAGGAUAGUUACAAUGUAAAGUCAUAACCUGGGGAGAAUAACCAGUCUUCAUGUAUAGGAAACAUGUGCAGGGAGGCAGGGGCUUUACACUUAAGGCUUGAUGUGCAUGUAGAAUUGGCAGAGGUGAUCAGAGGUGUUUCUGGGUAGGAAUACCUACAAGUUGUCACAUUUUAAGAUUCCACGGAACUUAAGCCAGAAGGAAAAAAAAUUGUUUUGAACAUAAAUAGCAGCAGUUGCCUUACGUUGCUUCCUAAUUUGCUAGAUGACAGACAUUUAUUUUAUUCAUUGUGUUCUUUUCUAAGGCGAUAUUGAUCUCUAACUGCUUCAAGUCUGCAAACAGUUGCAGAUCCUAAAAUGGCUUGAUAUGCUUAGUUUGAAGGAGGAUGGAUGUGUUUGCAAAGAUGUACUAGUGUUGUUCUCUGGUAUUUAUGAAAUUGAAAUACUUUCCAUUUUGAACAUAGGAACCGUUCCAAAAGCAUAGGAAUUUUGUUGGUUACAGAUUUACAUCUCAGUUCUCUCUCCAUAUCCCUUUCACUCAGACAACUGACUAAAUAAAUCUCUCCAAAGGCCAGUUGGGUAGCUUCUGCCCCCAGGGUCACAUGGCACUAGAAAGGCCCAUCCAUUGAAAAAAGAAGCAGAGAAGUUAUUCAGAGGUUAAAGGUAUCAGGGACACAGGAGAAAUAGCGCAACAUUCAGCAAUGUGGGGCCCAAGAGUAUUAGUUACCAAAUAACAGGGGCUUGGCAGCAUAAGGACUCAGCUGGGGAGGAAACAAAGCCUCUCCUACCUAGCUGGUCUUUGUAGACCAAAUGCCAAUGUGUUUCAAGGAGAAAUCAAUAAAUUCCUAUAACAAUUUAUAUUUACCGAUGUUUCAGCUGAUAAGCAGAGGAGAUUCUUCCUGCUGGUUAGUUAGCUCUACGUGAUUAGGGCAUUUGCUCUGUUCCUUAACCAGUGACCAUAUGGUUUUCUUUAAACAAAUACUAAAAUAACACUAAAAGGACAUAGUACCACUGUAUAUUGAUGCUACUUUGAAAUAGCUGCUUCUGUUUGCAUCUGUUUAACAUUAGCAGAGUGUACACUACUGUAUAGUAAUUAUUAGCUUCGUUAUCUUGUAAUAAGAGAUGCCUCUGAAGAAACUUUGGUGAGAUGUAUAUGGGGUAAAAAUGUCACGUGGAGGAAAGUGCAAUAUGUGUGGUACAUUCUUUUUAUUUUUUUUUCUUUUAGAUCAUGGGGAUUAAUUAGUCUUUUGCUUUGGGAAAAAUGGUACCACGACUGGUUGUUCCAGUUGGGUGCAUUUAUCUUUAGUAUUUAAUGCAACUGAUAUAAUGCAGUGUAUUUCUAAAGAAUAAAGAGGACAGAUCUUCUACUUUUAAGGCAGUGGUGGCUAAGCUGCACACCAGCAGGCCCAGACUCAGCACCAGCUCUCUCCCCUCCUUUCAAGCAUUCUUUUCCUGCCAUUUAUGACCUAAGGGGGACAAAGGACAAAAAUGGGCAUCUGCUGUAGUAGCCCUCCACUAUCCAAAAGACAGAAAACACCUGGACCAUCACCAAGGACAGACACAACUCAGGGACUUAGCCCAGCCUAGCGUAGACCUGCCUCACACCUUACUCCCAACUUGAUGGGGAUGAGGGAGGAGAGACUUUGAUUGCCAGACUCUUUAGGUACCAUUUUCCCCUUGGAAACUGAUAGAAUCAGGGGAGGGUUGGAGAGGGGGAUGCUUUUUAGACUACACGCCAAAAUAUUGUUUGGGAGACUGGGAGGGCACAAGGCUGCAAUUAAAACAUGGACCUUUCUUUCCCCCUUAUGUUUCCAUUUUAGCUUCAUGAUUAAGGAGAGGUAGGUAACUCCCCUCAUGAAAUCAGUUGAGAAAGAGGCCUGGAGCACAGACCAGCUGAUUUGGAACAACCUACUGAGUACUGGUGAGAAGUGGUAUAUAUGGACCCAUUAGUUAUAGUAAUAAUGGCCUCAACAGAAAUCACCCUUUGGGAUGAGGUCAUAACCUUCUUUUAUGGUUGCUCAGAACCUAUACUCGAAGUAUUACCUUUGUACCACCCUUUGUGCUGCUGCUAAUUACCUUAGGAUCAUAAGAUUUUUUUUUGGUGGGGGUCAGGGAGGGCACUGAAAUGUAGCUCACCGCUAAACCUUGAAAGGAAAAAUACUUGUAUUACUUAGAAUCUGGGGUAGAGAUAGUGGUAGAGUAUUCCCAGCAGCUUCCAGUUUACUCCUGCUGCAACUGGUUAAACUAUUUUAGGUACAGGUUCAUUGAGACAUCUCCCAGGUAGCUGUAGGAUUAUGGAAAACUUCAUUUCCCUCAUGCUAUUGCCUUUAGGCAUCAUAAGACCGUCACAAUCAAACCACCCACAGUUUAGGCUCCUAAAGCUUUCUGUUCUGCAUGCCGCUCAGCAUUCAAUGUCAGACCGUUCUACUUUAGCUCACUAUUUAAAAUAAGUUCAUGCUCUGAAUAACUCGCAUUCCAAAUCUGAUGAGUCAUUAACUUUUAAAAAGCAACACUGAUGUAAUUUACCAAUAUUGGUCUUACAAGCUUGGUACGAAUUGGAAAGCUUAGUUCCCAGUUUUGCCCUUUCUUCUCUAUUCCUCACUUCAACGUCAUAGGUAGAGAAAGAGAGAGAAUAAAUAUUAGGCUGCGAUGAUGCUGUCUACACAACUUACUGCUCCCUCUCUACUUGUGGGACUUACCAUCUGAUUUCAGCAGACUGGUUCAGAGGCAGAUGAUCAUCCAUGAUGAAUGAGUAGAUAGCACGACUUUAAGAGGUGAUUCAUAUAUUACAUCAUUAAGAUUCCCUGCUAAGUCAGAGGGAUGGACCAGACCUUUAUAAAGCUCUCCCAGUUCUAGAUACCAUGACUUUACCUUUCUGUACACCAUCAUGUACACAUUCCUGUUUUGCUACGUUUUCUCCUAAGAGAAAGCUUCCUGUAACUUGACUAAGUUUUUAGAGUUGUUCUAUCAUAGCUUCAGAAAUUUUAACAGAGGAAUUUUAAAUUUCAGCUAACAGAGGCUUCAGACCCACACCUCUUCAGAUAAGAUUCCCCACUACAGAUGAGAACUUUUCAGGGAUAAAAAAAAUAAUUUGCUUUGAUUGGACAAAAACUUGAAAUUCUUUUUUGGAGGGAAAAGAAGAUGAUGUUUCAAAACAAGUAGGAAUACAUGGUAUCCAGAAAAUUAUCCCAAACAUAAGCAGUAUUAAGUUAGCAAAGUCAAUCAAAUAGUUUGCCACUGACUAAAUAGUCUAAUAUCUAAACACAGUUUAGACCAUACCUGAACUGAAUGAGUUUUUACCUAGACUAAAGUAAGUACUAGUGGUGGUAAUAACAAUUGUUGGCAAAAUGUGAUGGGAAAGGAAGAAUAUGGCAGGAACUAGAUGCUACCUUCUCUUUUUGUACUGCAAUAAAAACACAACCAGAAUUGCAGAAAAGGGUAAAAAUAAGCUGCUUUCAUUUCUGAGGGUGAUUAUUCUUUGGGCUGGUCUGUGAAAAAGUUAAUUUUGAUAAAAUUCUGUCUAAUCAUGAAUUUUUCAUUUUGGACUUUUUAGUUUUUUGGUGAGUUUGAUGAUUUGGUAUCUUGAAAGCAAAUCACAACUCUAAUGUGAAAAAAAUCAAAAUGUAUCCCCGUCACCACUCAGUGUUAGGAAAUUGUUGAAAAUGCAGUGAUCUUUGUACCAAAACGUAAUUUAAUGGGGUUGUUUCCUGCAAGGAAAAUGUUUUUAUGUGUAAUCCCUGUUGAAUUAACAGAAAAUAAAGGCAACGGUGUUUUUAUUAGCA